GUCACAUUGCUUUGUGUUCCGUGGAGGCACGUUUGAAUACGCUCCUGUUCAUCUCAGGUUUCAUGUGGACCCUACCCCCGACAUUUCCGGAUUAUUAUCUCAAUAACUAUUUAGUCGCCGUUACAUUUAGAAUGUAUUUAAUUAGCUUGUGCUGAUGUUUCCAGUUUUCUCUGUCAAGAAGAUCUAGUUAUUCAAGCGAACUAUGCUCAGAAAAGUUAUGACUCCCGGAUUUUAAUUUCACUUAUUGCUUUACCGUGGCAUGAUGCCUGACCGGUCUUAUAGUCAGGCAAAUAGUUCUGAUGACAGUCAUGUAAUCUCAAAUACGACCAGCUUCUGUGAACUCACUGAUCAUGUAUGUGCUGCUGACAACAGUCUCAGUCGUCUUUCACCACCAUCUGCUACUUUUUUAAUUCAUGGAUCAGAAAUGCCUCAUCAUGCUCCUGCUCCUCCAGUCCGAUCUUCAAGUACACUGCGAAAGAAGGAUAAGACCGUUUUACCCCCAUCAAAGCCGUUGCCGACUCCACCAGGAAAGGAAGAGAAGAAAAAGAAAAAGAAGGUAAAAAUGUUCCGUUUUCCAAAAUUUGGCCGAUCAGAAAAGACUGAACCACAAAUAUCCGGUCCAACUGAAGUUACGCAUAAUCUGCAUGUAGCAUUUGAUAAGUCAACAGGUGAAAUUAAGGGUCUCCCUGCAUCAUGGCAAAUGCUUUUAACAGCAUCAAAUAUCCCGCGUACAGAACAAGAGAAAAAUCCAGAAAUUCUUCUCGGUGUACUUCAGUGUUUUGAUGAAUCAGCUAAACACAAAGAUAAAUAUAUGACAAAUGUAUCUGUUCUUACAAACUCAUCUGGUUCUGUUGAAUCAAUGAAUUCCAAUUCUCGAUCAUGUUCUGUUUCAUCACAAAGUAUGCCAAUGGUUCCUAGUCAUUGUGAUAUAAACUGUAUGCACUCACCAUCCUAUCCAUCAGCUGCAUUUAAUUCUACAACAUCAAUAUCUCCACCGAAUUCAGGUGAAGAAAACUUGAUUAUGUCAAUGGCUGAAACUAAUUUAACAGGAAUGGCUAUAUCAUCGAGUGGACUUCCAACAACUACACAUUCUUGUGCUGGUAGCACUAGCAGUGGUCGUGGUAGUAGUUGUACAACGAAUAGUGGGAGUGUUGGUGGUCGUGGUGUAAGCGGUGGUGUACCGAAUGGUUUAAGUGCUGCAAGUUUAGUAGAAUUAACAUCAAGUCAUUCACAUGGAUGUCCAUUAGGUCCUGGAAGAAGAACAAGUACAGGUGGUGCAGUAUUUCUCGGUAGUCCAACUCGUGCAUUUGGUGGUGGACGUGCAAGUGGUUCAACAAUACCUGAAAUGUCACCUUCACUUGGUGGUAAUCAUAGAGGUAUUAGUGAUACAGGUGAUAUUGCACGUUCUGGACCGAAUUCUAUGAUAUCAUCAGCUAAUUCAGGAACUCUAACAAAUGGACAACUUCUUAAUCAUAGUCGUCAUGCUAGAGAUACAAAUUUUGUUGGUGAUAAUCAUAAUGGUCAUGCUGCAGUUUCUGUACCUAUUCUUCCAAUUACAUCUGGUGUUAGUCUGGGUGGACUUAGUAGUAGUCGUAGCAGUGGUUGUUCCCUAUCCUGUUCAGGUGCUAGUGGAAGUGUUAGCAUAUCUGGUCUAGCAAAUUCUAUCAGUAUGGUUGGACAUUUAAUUAAUGGUACAAAUAGUAGUAGUGGAAGUAGUCCAACAAGUGCACUUCCACCGAGUAUGAUGCUACCAUCAUCACAGUCAACUUCAGCAUAUAACAAUAAUAAUAAUAAUAAUUGUUGUCCAUAUGGAUCUUAUCCAUCCUCAUCAUCGUCGUCUCCACCACCGCCGCCUGUUCCACCUCAUGCAACAACAGCUGUUAUAAGAAAUUUAGAAUAUUCUGAAAAUUCUGUAAAUAAUAAUAACUUUGAUAUUGGUAGUGUUAAAGAAGAAGGUACAUUGAGACAUACUUCUUCAUCGUUUAAUAAUAAUAAUAAUGAUAAUUCAAUUCCUCCUCAAUCUCGCGAAGACUUAUUAGUUCCUGAAUCGUGUAUGAUGGUCGGUGGUACAUUUUCUGAUGAUGAAGAAGAAGAAGGCGAAGAGGAAGAGGAAGACGAAGAGGACGAUGAAGAAGGUGUAGUAGUCGAGGCUGAGGAGGAAGAAGAAGAGGAUAGUGAAAUUGAUGAACAAAGUGAAUUAAGCAAUAAUGAGAUUACUACAUCUCAAGUCACUGUUGAAUGGAUGACAAGCAGUGAGACUGGAAGUAAUUUACCUACACCAAUGACAAUGUCAAAAGAAUCUGAACAUGCUAUUAUAAACGAAAUUGCUGACAAUCGAAAUGGUGGAAUGACUGCUUCAAAUCGAACAAAUUCUUCACCUACUACAGAGAAUGUAACUACUAUAAAUACUGGUAAAGACAAUGCAACAGUAAAAGCUCAACCAAUAAAUUCUGAACGAAUGAUUCCACCAACUGUUCCUGUAAAACCACAAGGCUUAACUCAAGUAUUUCGUACACAACAACAACAGCAGCAACAAGCCAAGAUACAGCCUUUACUCGUCAACAACUCUGCUGCACCACAUCAACUUUAUAAAAAAGUUGAUCCUUCUGUGACUGCUUCUACUACUGCUACUGUUAACACAACAUCAACUACUACUACUACUGCUGGUGUUGCUGUCACUGCUACGACGACCACUGCUACUGCUGCUGCUACAGCUGUUGAAGAUGUUGUAAAAUCUACUACACCAAGUGCACCAAGACGUCGUACAGGGAAUCAUCGAUUAACAGAUCAACAAGUACAUGAUAAACUAAGAGCUAUUGUUAGUAAAGGUGAUCCAUAUAAGAAAUAUCGUAUGGUAGAUAAGAUUGGACAAGGUGCAUCUGGUGUUGUAUAUAGUGGAUAUGAAGUAGCCACUGGUAAUUUAGUGGCUAUUAAACAAAUGAACUUAGCUCAACAACCUAAAAAGGAGUUAAUUAUCAAUGAAAUUCUAGUCAUGAAGGCUAAUCGUCAAGCAAAUAUUGUAAAUUAUCUUGAUAGUUAUUUAGUAUCUACAUCAGUCCCUUCCAGUAUGGAUCCUCAUAAUAAUAAUAAUGCUAACAAUAGUCUGAAUGGUUCAAAUCAUAAAAAUCAACAAAAUCAUAAUGAUAGUCUUAAUUCAUCAACACAUAGCUCUGGUAAUUCAUCAUCAAAAGGCGAAGAAUUAUGGGUUGUAAUGGAGUAUUUAGACGGUGGUUCACUGACUGAUGUUGUCACCGAGACGUGUAUGGAUGAAGGACAUAUUGCAUCGAUAUGCCGAGAGAUUUUAUAUGCACUUGAAUUUCUACACGCCAAUCGUGUUAUUCAUCGCGAUAUCAAAUCAGAUAAUAUUCUACUUGGUAUGGAUGGAUCUGUAAAAUUGACAGAUUUCGGUUUCUGUGCACAAUUAAGUAAUGAUGGAACGAAACGUUCCACUAUGGUUGGUACACCGUAUUGGAUGGCACCAGAAGUUGUUUUACGCAAACAAUAUGGUCCAAAAGUUGAUAUAUGGUCAUUAGGUAUUAUGGCUAUUGAAAUGGUUGAUGGGGAACCACCCUAUUUGAAUGAAAAUCCUGUUCGAGCUCUUUAUCUAAUCGCUACUAAUGGUAAACCAGAAAUUAAAGAACGUGAUCGUCUAUCAAGUACAUUUCUUAACUUUCUUGAUCGUUGCUUAGAAGUUGAUGUUGAACAAAGAGCUACAGCUAUUGAAUUAUUACAACAUCCAUUCAUCUGCCGAUGUGCUAAACCCUUGAGUUCAUUAGUUCCAUUGAUUAAUUUAGCGAGAGAACAAAAAUAAUCACCAUCCAAUGAGAACCCUAUAUAAAGACGAAGAAAGAAGGCGAAGGAGAGGAGAAGUAGAAAAAAAAUUCAAUGGAUUUGUGUAUAUUAUCCUUACUGAAUUGUGUUUUCUUUUGCGUUUUUGUUUGAGUACUACUCAUAUUCAAUACACGUGUUGUUCCUUACCACACCAUACUAAUAUACUUCACCUUUUACAAAUGUGUGUAUACAGUAAUAAUAGUAAUCAUGAUAAUAAUAAUAAUAUAAUAAUAAUAGUAUUAGGUAUGCAUAUUGUAUUAUUCUAUUGAUUUAAUUGAUGAUUGAGUACUCCUCCUGGUUCUACUACUAUAUAUACUAUUAUUACUACGGCUACUUACUUUUAAAACCCAUUUAUUGUUUCUUGCCACAUCAAUUCUCCUAUUAUAAGAAGAGACACAAUAAGUAGACGAAGAUGUCUGUGUACAUGUUUAACAUCUAUUUGUCUAUCUAUCUAUCUAUGUAUAUUACAAGCUUUAUUUGUAUCUUUUGCUUUUAUUUUUACUUUAUUCUACCAUUUUAUAAUCCAUUGUUCCCAUGUACACAUAGAGAGAGAGAGAGACUGUGCUACUGUAUUACCCACCACCACCACCUAUCUAUGUAUCAUGUAAAAUCUGUCAUCUGUUCAUAUGGACCUGUUUCAACCUUUGUUGUAUUAUGCACUAUAUUAUGCGUUUGAAUGGAAUAGUAGAAUCACAUAAUGAUUUUCACGAUCAUGAUCCAUGAUUCAAUGAAAUCAUUCGAACAGUUUUUAUACUAGUAUUGUUAAUUGUUAUUAUUAUUAUUAUUACUAUUAUUGUAUUAUUCAUUGUUAACUUAUUUUCGCCCUCUCUGUCUGUCUGCCUGUGUCUUAUGUGUGAGCACGCAAGUAUACGUUUUCUUUUAUAGCUCCAUUCCCUUGUCAAAUUUGAUUGUUGCUCAUAAUCACAUUAAUGAUAUAAUAAUAAUAAUGGUAAUAAUGAUAAUAAUACUCAAAAUUCCUACACUCAUCACUUCCUUUUUCUUGCUUCUUCUGUCGUUAAAAUGUAUAGUUACACUUAUUUACUACUUUGAAAAUAGUUGAUGAAUUUUAUUUAUUAUUUUUUUGUUUUUGUUUGACGAGGGUGAGUACUCGUCAUCCACCACCCUUGAUCUCGUCCUCGUGUGUUUGUGUGUAUGUAGUUGCACACUCACAGGGUAGCAGAGAAGAGGGAUAUAUAUUUAUAUGUAGUAAGUGACAUUGAUAUACUCAAGCGCCGGCUAUAAUGACAAAUAACAAUUUUGUUUUCUCUCUCUCUCUCUCUUUUGACAAAAAACUUUUCAAAUUAUAGUUUUAACUCUUUUUUUUUAAACACAUCUGUUUUACCCUACUUUUCUCUUAUACUGUAAUACUUGUGUAGUACCACCUACAAACACACACUCAUACACACCUAGUCAGUAGUUAUAUUAUCCUUUUUGUUGUUGGUGUGUUUCCCCUUCCCCCCUCCCCCAAUGUUAAUCGAUCUGUUUUGCCUACUGCUAUUACGACAAUGACAAUGACGACAAGAACAACAACUACUACUACUACUGUGUGUAUAUUGUUUGGCAUUUUUGUUGUUGUUGUUGUUGGUCUCUUGUCCAGGUGAAAAAAACAGCAAAAAACAAUUUCGUUAUCAAAAAAAAAGCGAAUAAACGCUUAACCUAUGUUGUUCUUCUAUAUAUUUUACCAUUCCGCGUUCCGCUUCUGAUCCCCGAAUCAUUCUCUCGCUUUUAUGAAUCAAUUUUGCUGCUGCUAGUAGUAGUAGUAGCAGUAUCACUAUUUUUCACUCAGUGAAUAAGUGAAAUGUUAAUAAUAAAGCAUUUGUUUGUUCUAGGGUAGUAGUUAUUUUAACGUGAAGGUGUCAUUGUUGUCUAUUUUGACUACUAUUAUUAUUAUUAUUGUAAUUUCGCUUUGCUCAUCCUUUUGUCUGUUGUUAUUCCGCCUUCUUGUCGUCUGUAUGCUGUUUUAUUGUUAUCGUUUUCACCGCCACUCACCUGCCCCCCUCCCCCGACGCCCACUUUAUCGAUGAUGAUUCUGCUUAUCAUUUGUUGUUGUUUUUUUGAUUAUUCAUUCAUAGGCUUCUUUCAGUGUGUGUGUCCAUGUAUUCCAACAUGUAUGUAUGUAUGUCAAAGCGAUAUUGAUUUUACCUUAGGGCGAUCACAUUUUAGCUAAAUAAUCGUGAUUACGAUUAUUACUAUUAAUUGUUUCUUUCCCGGUUGACUAACUGACUGACUGACUAAUCACUAUUUGAUCUUAAACGAUUGUUAUUUUGUUCAUGUACACUGAGAAAAGUUGUAUAUCAUCUCUCAAACACACACACAAAAACACGUACAACUAGGCUUUAUUAAAUAAUAAUACUAAUAAUAACAGAUAAUGAAUACAUGUCCAUGUGUGUUGUUAUGUAUAAAAACAGCAAACAAGUUAUCCGUGUAUAACUACUUGACUUUUAUUCACUCUUUGUUUUUACAGAAUUAUUAUCAUUGUUAUUCCUGUAUUGUUCGAGUAAAUAAUGGUCGGUCAAAAAAGGUCUGUGCGUUAGAGGCGAUGAAUGGAGUGGAGUGGAGAGGUAUUCUUGUUGUUCUAUUGACAUUGUUGUCGUCUCUUCGGUCUCUCUCUCUCACACAUUCACUCUGUCUCUGCGUGUGUUUUUAAUGUCAUUUGGGCGAAAUAUACCAAUCAGCUUAUCAGUAAUAGUAGUAGUAGUAGUGGUGAUUGUAUAUUUGAAAGUGAUGAUAGGUGGUCAUUGUAUGUUUCACAAUGAGAAGAAUCAACUUUUCCCUUGUUUCCUCUCCUUUUUUUUACAUCGUGCGUGCGUGUGUGUAUGUGCGUGGCAUAAUUCCUAUUCCGUUUUCUAUUUUCUCUUUUUUUGUUAACUCCCUUUGCUUUAAUGUCCUAGAAACAUGCUUACACGCCGACACACCACUCACACUUAUGUGUGUAUUUACGUAUAGGUAUUACCUUUUCUCUGUCUCAUAUAAUACACUACACACACACACUCUGCACGCAAUAUAUAUCGUUAUUGUUGAUUAUGCUGCAGCCGCCUUGGCGUUGAGAGUGGUGUCUUCUAUUGCGUGCAUUUCCUCCCGAAGAAAAGUAUGCUCUUCUCUCCACCCUCUUGGGUGUGUGUGUGGGUGGGUGCGCGUGUCUUACUGCCUGUAGCUUCCGAAGUUUCUUCUCUUCUCCACCACCUCCAUUGUUUCGUGUCACACUGAGACAUACUCAUCACUUUUUAGGCGGUAGACGAAACUGAUGAAGAUGGCAAUUAGUAGUAUAUUUCCCCACCUUACUGCGUUUAUUUUGGUCUGCAAUCUGUUUUAAAAUGUGGCGGGAGGUGAGGCUAUUUCCUCUCGCUCUCUCUCUCUCUCUCGAUUAUUACUUUUAUUAUUAAUAUUAUUAUUAUUGUGUUUUAUUUACUCCUACAAAUUAUACAUUUUCACAUAUUGAAAAAAAUACAAAAUACUUACAGA